AUGUUAAAAGGGAGGGCUCUGCGUCCGGUGCAGCUCAGACGCGUCUGGCAAAGCGCGCAGCAGAGUACAUUGUUGAGCGGUGGAGACGGGGGGGGGGCAGAGCGGAUAUUUGCUGUCGACAAGUGCGCGUCUUUCUUGGCCAACUUUGGAGAGCUCGCACUGGCUGGAGAGCGCCUGGCACAAGACGCAGAGAUGAAUGAGACAGAGAUACUCUACUCAAACAACCAAACAGAGAACUUUAAAAACUCAUCAUGGCCCAAUCCGUCCCCGUACAGCUCCAUCGACAUCGCCACUUUCAUGCACAUCUUCCCGUCCAUCUACGGAAUCCUGUGCGCGGUGGGAGUUAUCGCCAACGGACUUGUCAUUUACGCAGUGGCUGCGUGCAAGAAAAAGAUGGUGUCUGACAUCUACGUGUUGAACCUGGCUAUUGCGGAUAUGUUGUUUCUGUUGGUUAUGCCCUUCAACAUCCACCAGCUGAUCCGGGACCGGCAGUGGGUCUUCGGAAACUUCAUGUGCAAAGCGGUGGUGGUGGUGGAUGUGAGCAAUCAGUUCACUACAGUGGGCAUCGUCACGGUCUUGUGCAUCGACAGGUACAUAGCGAUUGUCCACCCAAUGUCGGAGCGGAGGACCAUCCAGUGGACCAUCAUCAUAAACUUGCUGGUGUGGGUGGGCAGUUUCCUCCUCACUGUCCCAGUUAUGCUUUACGCUAAGGCGGAUAAGCGCAAAACCCUGGAGGUCUGCAUUAUAAACCUGGAUGGGCCAGAGGACAUGUAUUGGUACACACUCUACCAGUCCAUCCUGGGCUUCAUCAUUCCUCUCAUCAUCAUCAGCACCUUCUACUCUCUCACCUUGUAUCACGUCUUCAGCUCCAUCCGUCGAGUCAAACUCACAGUGGUCAAAAUGGACGGUUCUAGUGCGGUGAAUGACUCCAGUCAUCGCAGCACAGCAAUAUGA